UUUGUUGUCUUAAAAGGAUGCGCCUGCAACUUUGAUCCACAUCUACUGCAGUUUUUCUGCUAUCUCCACACGGAUCAUCCGCUUCAAAGUCCGAUUAAAUACCAGUUCCCUGCUCAAGCACUAAGCAGCGCCCACCCAGCGCUCACUCACCGCCUGCAGACCGCUCACGCCAUGGCCGCGUCUCGCGACGGCAAGCAGCAGCCGCUCCUCCCGUCUCCCGUGCCCGCCGCAGCCGGGAGGCGAAGGUUCCUCGCCUUCCUAGCCGUCACGGCCGCCCUGGUCUCCUCCUACCUCCUCCUCCUCGCGCCGACUCCCACCUCGCGCUACCACGCGCUCUUCCUCUCCCUCGGCUCCAACGCCACCGCGGCCGCCCAUCUCCGCGCGCUCACGCUCCGCCCCCACGUCGCGGGCACCGAGGCGAACGCGGCCGCCGCCGAGUACGUCCGCGCCGCGCUCGCCUCCCUCUCCUUCGCCACCCGCGUCGUCCCCUACUCGGUGCUCCUCUCCUACCCCGCCCACCGCUCCCUCUCUCUCGCCGCGGCGCCGGGCCGCCCUGCCAGGCCGUUCGCCCUGGUGCAGGAGACCUACCCUGGCGACCCGUACGCCGAGGCCUCCGCGGAGGUCAUCCCGACGUACUUCGCCUACUCGGGGUCUGGUUCCGUCGCCGCUGAGGUCGUCUACGCCAACUACGGUCACAGCGAGGACUACGCCUACCUCGCCUCCCGCGGCGUCGACGUCGCGGGUAAGGUCGCGCUUGUGCGCUACGGGGACCUGCACUGCGAGGACAUGGUGCGGAACGCGCGCGCCGCUGGCGCCGCCGCUGCGGUCGUGUACACCGACGCCAAGGACUUCGGCGGCAGCGCGGCCAAGGGCGCGAAGCGCAAGUGGUUUCCCGACGGGCGGUGGCUACCGCCGACCGGCGUGCAGGUGGGGACGCUGUACUACGGGAACGGCGACCCGACCACGCCGCUGUGGCCAUCGUGCGCGGCCGGGGACGACUGCGAGAGGCUGAGCAGGGAGGAGUUGGACGGGAGCGAGGCGAUGCCCGGGAUCCCGGCGCUGCCGGUGUCGGCCAGGGACGGGGAGACGAUUCUCAAGGCGAUGGGUGGCGACGUGGCGCCGCCGAAGUGGCAGGGAGGCGAGGGCGCGCCCGUGUACCGGCUCGGGCCCGGCCCGGCCGUGCUAAACCUCACAUACAUUGGAAAUGACACCUUAACAACCAUAGAAAAUGUUUUUGCAGUGAUCGAAGGCAAAGAAGAGCCUGACAGAUAUGUGAUCAUAGGGAACCAUCGUGAUGCAUGGACAUUUGGAGCAAUUGAUCCCAACAGUGGAACUGCAGCCAUGCUCGAGAUCGCGGACAGGCUUUCAAAGCUAGAGAAGAAGGGAUGGCGACCUAGGCGAACAAUCAUAGUGUGCAGUUGGGAUGCAGAAGAGUUUGCUCUAAUAGGAUCUACUGAAUGGGUUGAGGAGAACAUGGAUAUGCUAGCUUCAAGAGCUAUUGCUUAUCUGAAUGUGGACAUAUCAGUUUUUGGUCCUGGAGGUCUUAUGCCCCGUGCAACCCCACAACUUGAUGAGUUGAUCAAAGAAGCUAGUAAAAUGGUACCAGAUCCCGAUGAGCCGUCUCAGACCUUGUAUGACUCCAUGAUACACCAUAAUCCUCCGAUUACUAGAGUGGCUGGUGCGGGAACAGAUUUUGCAGCAUUUAUACAGCAUAUUGGAGUCCCUUCACUUGACAUGUCUUAUGGACUAUUCGCAGAAUACCCUGUUUACCACUCGCUGUACGAUGAUUACAUUUGGGUGGAGAGGUUUGGAGAUCCCUUGUUCCACAGGCAUGUAGCAGUGGCAAGCGUUUGGGGGCUGAUUGCUCUGAAACUUGCUGAUGAUGAGAUCAUACCCUUCAAUUAUGUGUCUUACGCGUCCGAACUGGAGGAGUGCACACAAGAUGUGGUAGAUAAAUGUAAAGGAUGUCCUGUCAGUUUCUCUCCUCUGCACACGUCCAUCAAGCAGCUUGAGAGCGCAGUCACUAAAAUCCAGAAAGAGAAGAAGUUGCUGCAAGCAGAAAAAUGGAGCCUAAAGACAAGGCAGUACACACUAAAAGUCAGAGAGAUCAAUGACCGUUUGAUGAUGGCAGAGCGAGCGUUCACCAAUCGAGAAGGACUCAACGGGAGACCAUGGUACAAACAUUUGAUAUAUGCAUCAUCGGACCAGGACGACUGGGGCACCAAAGCGUUCCCUGGUAUCGUCUCCGCCAUGGACAAGGCAAAGAAGUCCAACACAACGGAAUCCUGGCGGCUGUUGCAGCAUGAGAUUUACAGGGUUGCAAGGGCUGUGUCCAAGGCUUCUGCAGUCCUGGGGGGUAGACUAACAUGAUACGCAAAUUGAGCAUCACUACAGCACUUCAUUUGUAUAGAUCAAAGUGCUGGAUGGCCUGUUAGUAAAAGGAGCACGGAAUAGCUGUCAGGCGUAUAAUUUGGUCAUUGUGUGCAAAGACUGAAGAAAUGUCCACACUUUAGCAUCAUACUGAAUAAUGGUUAUUGUUACACCUCCCAUGGUGAUUCUCUUGAAAAGUUGAAAGUAACACCAAUUAAGUUUCUUAGGUGCUGUAUGAUUACCCUUGCUUUCGCUUUCACAGUGUAUCACAGCAAAUUGAGCAAUAUGAAGCAUCUGUUU